AUGCCGUCCGCGGCUCCCAGCUGGUAUGGCCAGCCGUGCAUGAUGGGCAUAGAUGAAGCCGGUCGAGGUCCCGUGCUGGGCCCAAUGGUGUACGCCUGCGCUUUCUGCCCCAUCUCCCAGUCAAAGGACCUGGCCAAGAGAGAUUUCGCUGACUCGAAGACCCUGACGGCGGAGAAGCGCGAGCAGAUCUUUGCCCAGCUGGAAGGCGAUGUCUCGAUGGGCUACAAAUUCCACAGCUUAGCUGCUCACAUCAUCUCCGCCAGAAUGUUGCAGAGAUCCAAGGUGAGCUUGAAUGCUCUUGCCAACGAGGCAACGUUUGGCCUCAUUGACGAGGCCUUAGGAGAUGGAAUCAACUUGAAACAGGUGUUUGUGGACACAGUGGGAGAUGCAGGGACCCAUCAGUCACGCCUCGCUUCCCGAUUCCCAGGAAUUGAGUUCACAGUCUGCCCGAAGGCUGAUGCCCUGUACCCCAUCGUCAGUGCUGCAAGCAUUGUGGCCAAGGUGAUCCGAGAUAAACAAGUCAGGGAGCUGGAAUCGAAGCUGGGAGCAGAUGCUGGAAGUUUUGGCUCUGGAUAUCCUGCGGACCCUACCACAAAAGCAUGGCUUCGAAACAACCUCGAUCCCGUGUUUGGAUAUCCCAACGCUGUCAGAUUCAGCUGGCAGACGUGUGAAAGGCUUCUGGAGUCUGAGGGUACCACUGUGCUUUGGGAGCACGAUCAAGAGGACGAUGAACAUCAAGGCAAACUCACAUUCGCAACCCGAGGUUCUGCCAGUUGCAAAGCCUCCUCUGCUGUGAGUCGACACGCCUAUUUCAGGACAAAAAGGCUGCAAAGGGUGGAAACACUGUUCUAG